AUGUCCCUCGUGACCUCGCGCGUGCCCUCCGCGGUCUCCGCUCGCGCCGCUUCGAGCCGCACGUCGCGCGCGCGCGCGUCGUCCGUCGUUGGCGUCAGCACCCGAUUGACGAGGACUUCGAGCCGGUCCCGGCCGGCCGUGCCCACGCGCGCGGUGGCGACGGACAAACCCGCGAGCGACAGGCCGUCGCUGACCAAGAUAAUCGAAAAGCCACCCGCGCUCCUGAGCCGCGGCGAGCGCACCGCGGCGGUCCCGUACUACGACGGCGCCGUGGACCGCCCCGUGCUCAUCAACGACGCCGCGAGGGAGGCCAUCGCAUCCUCCGCCGCGAAGGAUUUCAUCGCCCUGCCCACGCGGGAGGAUCCCGCGCUCGUGCACCUCCGCGAUGUCCUGGAGAAGGGUUGGCGCGUCAUGGAACCCACCGGGAGCGGGCACGCGGGCCUCUGGCCCGAGCUCUUCGACGCCGGCGCGGAUCUCAUAAAGUCGCAAUUUCCGCAGUUCGGCGACGACGACGCGGUGGAGGUGCUCCCGGGCACCGGGUGGCUUGACCCGUCGCUGGAGAGCGACGCCAUCGACUGGGUGAUGCGCCGUCCCGAGGGCCACGUCGUUAGCUCCAAGAUCCACUUCGCCACCAGGCUGCACAGGGACCCCGACAGCUGGACCAACCCCAAAACGCCGCAGCGGCCCAAGGACGGGUGGACCGACCUGGCCAUGCCGGACCGGGACAGGUACCAGUACAGGUUCGUCAACAUUUGGAUAGCGCGGAGCGCGAUCGAUCCGACGGGGCAGGUGUGGCAGUCGCCCCUGGUGGUGUGCCUGCCCAGGGACGGUGGCGAGCGCGAGUGGAAGUUUGAGAAGCGGAAGAUCUCGAUGGACGACACCGAGGCUGAAAAAGAGUACAACGUGAGGGGCAUAACGCUAAACCCCAAGACGUGGAUCCCGGGCACGAACCGGCUGUUGAGGCCCCUGUGGCAGGGCGGCGCGGGCGAUGCCAAGGCGUCGGGUAAGAGCACCAGCGGCGAUGGGUUCGGCGGCGGCGAGGAGGAACUCACCGCCGAGGAAAUUGCAAAGUUUGAGUUUCCCGAGCUCACCUCCGAGGACGCGCACUCGUUCGUGACCGGCCCCGCUAUGGUGUUCGACUCGUUCGACCUGUGGCACGGCGCCGCGAGGUGGGAGGAGGACAAGGCGUUCACGGACGAGCUCAGGCGGAUCGACGUCAAGGGGCGGCAACCGUUCCACCGCGCCAGGUGCUCGAUCGAGAUGCGCUUCAGGGUGAAAAUUGACAUGAAGGCGGAUGGCGCCGCGAAGCGGUGGGGGCCGUUCGCGUCCGCGGUAGCGUCGGGGAAGUUCAGGGACGACGGACUGAGGGACAGUGAGGCGAAAUACGACCUCGCAAAGGGAGUCGUGGCGAAGUGA